GUGUUUGUGUGUUGUUUUGCGCCGCUGGUCGGCCCUCCCCAUCAUCAACAUCAUCAGCGUUUCUCUUUUUAUCCCUUUUUCGGUGGCAUUGUCGCUCGCCAGACUCACUUUUUCAAUCUCUUAUAUACAUACGGUCGGCGAAAUUUACAUUUCAGCGUAACACGACAACCGCAGUAUACUUCUACCAAAGGCUAGAUUAUUCACGACUGCACGUUGUGUGGAGCGCUAUAUAACAAUUUUCGAAAGUGAUUGUUGUUUUCGGGGUUUUUCCAAGCGCCAAAAUUUAAAAAGAGGAAAAAAGAAAAAUCAAAAAAAUUCAGAAUCGGCUGGGGAAAAAAUGAAAUCGAAAGUGUUGGUAAUGUUCUGUGUUGGGAUUUUUCUCUUCGGUGACCUCGCCAGCAGCCAAGACGAUAAUGUCGGCCAACAGUUGGAUUCACCUCUCGCUCUACAGCAGGAUGGCAGCAACGUUAAACCGACUUUUGUGGCGACGGCCUCGAAGAUCGUCCGCCCUAACACGGUCUACCGAGUCAACAUGUUUGUUCUGCCGGACGCAGAUGGUCUGAUAGUCAAAGCUCUCAUCACCAAAGACGGUGGUCAACACAUCGCUUCGGCCAUAGAAACCAUCGAUUCCGGAGUUAGCCACAAUCUCUUAUUGAAGAUCCCAGGUUCGCUGACCGACGGCCAGUACCAAUUGAAAUUGGACGGCUACGAUCUCUUACAACCGCAAAAGUCCGUUUUUUCCAAGCGCGGCCAUUUGGAAUUUCAUCCAGAUUUCCUAUCCAUUCUAGUCCAGACCAACCGAAAAAUCUACAAGAACGAAAUGAAAGUUCGUUUCCGUGCCAUAAUCACGCAACUAGUGAACCUGAAACCGUACUCCGAUCCCGUCACCGUCUACAUAUUGAAUCCCGAAGGUUUCGUCAUGAGACGCUGGCCGUCGCGUUACCCUACCACCGGUGUGAUUACGUUACUUUACCAGCUGCCGACAUUCCCCAGCGAGGGGAAAUGGACGAUCCGUGUCGAGGCAAUGUCACAAAUCCACGAUCACCACAUCAUCGUCGAGCGCUUCUACUACCGAUUCUUUGACGUCAUUCCGUCAGCGCCGGCUUACGUUUUGGACUCGGACGAGAGUUACACGGCCGCUGUCACCACUUCGUUCCAUCCGGGACGAGUGGCCAGCGGCAAUUUGACUCUCCAAGUCUACGCUCGCCCAGUCAAUUCUUCCUUGGCCGACUUCCGCUUCGUCAGACAAGAUUUCCACCAAUGGACUUACGAUUUUACGUACAAUGUCCAAUUGGAGGAGGUGAAGAGGAGCGUUGGCGUCAGCAGUUUGACCGGCUGGGUCAUCCGCGUCGCCAUGACGUUGUACCAUCACUUUGAAGGCGAAUCGCGCGACGGUUUCAUCGAAACGCGCAUCAUCCGGGCCCAGCUCAAAUUCCGGUUCGGCGGUUCCAAAACGGCCGUUUUCAAGCCCGGAAUGCCGUACGAAGGGCACGUCUAUCUCAUGUACGACGAUGACGAGGCCGUUUCUCCGGAGAAACUGGCCGGAGCUACACUGACCAUCCGGCCAGUGGCGACUACGUCCAACGGCCAAUUGAAGACGCUACCGGAAAUUGUAGUGCCCCGUCAAGGCGAGUACCAGCGAUCGUCAGACGACCAUUUGAAUUAUUACGGAAACAAGUACGACGUCUGGAUGGAUCGGCAAAUGGAAGAUGCCGAGUACAAGACAUUCCGCCAAUUCGGCAUUCAUCAUUUUCGUUUUACAGUGCCAAAAGAUGCCACUUCGCUCAAGAUAACGGCCUACUACAAGGACGACGAAGGCGAUCAAGUCAGUGUUGACCAGCAGGCCGUAGCCUUUUAUUCCCCGGGCAAUUUUUUCGUUCACGUUUCCACUAGCACGGAUGAAGGUCUCCUCGGCCACUUUGCCACCAUCCACCUGAGGAGCAAUUUUGCUUUCCAAGACUACAGUUACGUCAUCUCGUCGAAAGGUUUAGUGGUUCACGGAGCGACAGAGACCCUUGCACACGCCACGAAAUCGUUGACUUUCUCCGUGCCGGUCUCGACCGAUAUGGCGCCAACUUUCAAAUUAGUCGCUAUGAUGGUUAGCCCCCUGGGGGAUCUGGUGGCCGAUUCCGUCACGAUUCCAGUGCAGAGUAUUAACCGUUACAAGACGAAUUUGACCAUGGUGCAGACCAAGGAUCACAGUAAGUUGACGGUGCAGGUUGUCACGCGGACUCUACCUGGGGCUUUCACGGGCGUGUCGCUCAUCCGGUCGGCCAAUUACAUGUUCCAGGCGGACAACGAAAUCACCUACAGUCGCAUGAUUCGGGCUCUGUAUCAACUGGAACCUUUCUCCAGAUCAGUUAGCGGAAUCACAUGGACAGAUCGAGAGGGAAGCAAAGCGGAUAAAAGUCAAUACUUUAAAUCGGCCAAUCCAGGAGCGGAUACAAAGCGAACGUUCAAUUUGGCCGGCCUUUUAGUCUUCACCGACGCUAGGAUCAGUCAAUAUCCCGACACAGCCAAUUGCAACAAAGCUAAUGGAUACGAGCCGUGCAUGGCCGUCGGAUGUUUCCACAAGGAUCAGCGCUGCGAUGGAAAAUCGGAUUGCACCGACGGAUCUGACGAGGAUGACUGUCCGUUGACAAAAGAUGACAGGAUGGAUUUUAGAAUGUUUAGAAGGAACCGAUUCCACGAUUUUUACGAUUGGCUGGACGGAGAUUGGGCGUGGUUCGAUAUUCCAGUGACGGAUGACGGUUUCGAUUUCAACGACCGUUCAGUGGCUUUAACCAACGAAGUUUGGUUCCUCACCGCAUUCACCUUCCAUCGUGAAUUGGGUUUCGCCGUUCUAGACGAUGUUGUCGAGUACGAAGGAUCGCUCCCAUUUUACGUUUCGGUCGAGUCGCCCAGUUUCAUCCGGCGCGGAGAGACUGUUGGCAUCCGGCUACUCUUCAUCAACAAUCUCCAGGUGGAUACGAUGGGUCUCAUCAUACUGGAAGCGUCGGACGAUUAUUGUUUCGUCGAGACUGAAGCCCACGGAGAAGUGGCCCACUAUCACCCUAGUCUCGUCUGCGCCGAAAAACAUCACAUGGUCACGGUGAGAGGAGGAUCCACAACAGAAGUGUUCAUGCCCAUCUCACCUCGGAUCGAACAGGGAAGCAUCACCGUCAAAAUCCAAGUCCUUAGUCACAUUUUUGAACAGAAUCUGGAAAUCGGACUGGAAGUUUUACCCGAGGGAGCCACCAUCAGUCGCCAUACUUCGCUUUUAUUGGACUUGAAAAAUCGAGCGCACCUCCUAAGAUUUCUCGACAUCCCGGUUGAAGAGUCACCCAUCAUUCCUUACUCCAAAUUCCGCCGAUACGUUUACGGCAGUCCUAGAGCCUCUAUUACUUUGUGUGGCGAUGUGUUUGGACCCGUGUUUCCGUCUACGCCCAUCACCACCAACUCAAUGCUGAGCAGAUCUCUUCGUGGAACCGAAGCGAAUUUGUACAACUUGGCCACCACUUCGUGGAGUCUUCACUAUCUCCGGCUGACGAAUCAACUCGUGUCGGAUGUUUUGUACAGCGGAUUGAACGACAUGAACGUCCAAAUGGCGGAACUCAUGCGUCUCUACAGUCACGACGGAUCGUUUCGCGCCCACACAAAUUCAAAUCCCAGCGUCUGGGUGACGGCUUGGGUGAUUAGAAUCUUGGGCCAGUCACAAUUUCAAGACUGGGAAAAUCAUUAUUAUGUUGAUCAGCAAUUGUUGACCAACUCCGUCAAGUGGAUCCUGCAAUUUCAGCGUCGCGACGGUUCGUUUGGAGAGACAGAAAAUUACAUUUCCCCUCUUGAUAGGCGACUCUUGCCGCGGUAUAACUCGACAUUUAAGGGUGGCCAUACCGCCCAUGUACUUUUGUCACUCUGUGCCACCAGCGAAAGUCUUGACGGAGCUGUUAAAGUGGCCACCGCUUCCGCCAAAGUCCGUGCUGUUCGUUAUCUGGAACGAAUUUUGGAUAUUUUGACAGAUCAGUAUGAGUUAGCGAUUGUUACUUAUGCGUUGCAAAUCACCAGCAGUCCAGCCCAAGAGGCUGCCUUCGGUCGGCUGCACAUUUUAAGACGAGAAGAAGAGGGAAUGGUGUACUGGUCACGGGAGCCGGUUCCAUCCAAUAAAAUUCUCUACGAGAAUCAGCGACCGUUCCUCCAGCCGCGUUUGCCCAUGCAACAAGACGCCGUGGCGGUUGAAGCGACGUCCUACGCCCUUCUCGUCUAUUUGGCUCGUGAUGGAAUCGGCGAUCUGCAGGAGAGGGUCGUCACUUGGCUCAACACGAUGCGCAUGGUCGACGGCGGUUUCGUUUCCAUCUACGACAGCAUUGUCGCUAUGGAAGCUCUAACGGAAUACGCUUACCGAGCUCGACUACGUGACAUCACCGACAUGAGUGUCGUUGUGGAAGCAUCCGCAUCACCAGAUGCUACGGAGUUGAUGCGGAUAAACAGCGACACUCUCGCCACUGUUCAUCGGAUGGAUAUUCCCAACGUUUGGGGCCAUGUCAACGUCAUCGGUCGAGGAGCCGGCCAGGCCGUUUUGCAGCUCAAAGUUCAAUACGGAAUCGACUGGGAGGAUUUAAGGGACACUCCAAAAAGACGCUACUUUGACUUGUACGUGGAAGAGACAUACAGUCACUUCCGGAAUAAAUCUCACAUCACCGUUGAUGCUUGUGUCAAGUGGCUGGCGAUGGACGAAGCUCCAGUGAGUGGGUCAACCACUUUAGAAGUGGAACUACCAUCCGGCUAUAGGAUAGUCCAGUCCGAUGCAGAUCAGGUUCUUAUUCACAAAAAUUACACCUUCCUUCGAGACGUCUUCGUUAGUGAUGAAAAAAUCGUUUGGACAUUCGAUAAAGUUGGUCCAGAGAGGCUUUGCUUCAACUAUCUCAUUCGCCGGUGGUUCCCAGUAGCCAAUGGGACAAUGUACCGGUCGGCCAUAGUCUACGAAUCUCAUUCCCCCGAGCAUUUUGAAAUGCAAGUGUUCAACGCUACUCCGCUCUACGUUUUAGAUAUUUGCGAAGUCUGCGGGAGCUACCAGUGCCCAUACUGUCCCUAUUUCAGCGCGGCCCCAUUGGUCGUCAGCUUCAAUCCUAUUAUCGUAGUCUGUUCACUUUUGAUAUCCGCCAUUAUUUGCCUUAACUGGUCAACGUCCUAGUAUUAUGAGUAUUCAAUGUAUUUAACUUAAAAAAUACAGUUUUACGUUUUUGUAUGAA